GGCAGCUCGCAGCGUGCCGGUUGCAGGGGAGCGUUCCGUCGUUGCCGGUUGCCCAGGGAGCAUCCCGCUGUCGCCGGGACGAGGCACGGAGCCAUGGAGCCGGUGGCAGCCCCUGGGCGAGUGCGCUCGGCCGGGACGGAGCGGCGCAGGAGGCAGAAACCACCCAACACGACCCUGAAGCGAGUGGUGGUCUCGCUGCUGCCCGCCCCGUGCAGCCGGUUCCUCUGGAGCCGGCCGGACCAGUACCGCAGCGGCAAGUUCUUCCUGGGAGCCGGCGUCGGGACCCUCCUGGGUCUCGGGCUCUGCCAGCUCCUCAUCGUCCCCAUGAACUUCACGGAGACGCGCAAGGCGCAGGUCUCCUACGGGCUGGCGGGGGUGACUGCCUUGGGCUGGGCCACGUCCCCCCACUUUCGUUGCGCCACCCUGCUCGUGGCCCCCAAAUUCCUGGGCAAGGAAGGUCGGGUCUACGUCCUCUCCUUCGUCCUCGCCGCCAUCUACAACGGCCCCGUGGCCAACAUCUGGCACAACCUGGAGGAGGUGACGCGCUCGCUGGGCUGCGUGGCCGAGCUGCAGGUCAACCACAGCCGCCACCUCUGGCGGGCGUCCACGGCCCCCCUGCACGACCUGAUGGAGAACAUGGCGCGGGGCGGAAGGAGGCUGAACGCCGAGAUGCAGAACGUCUCGCGCGCCUUCGUGGAGCUCAACGAGGAGGUGGCCAGCGAGGCGGGCUACGACCUGCGGCGGCAGCGCCGCCAGCCGGGCCCCCGGCCGGGCCAACGCACCCAGGAGCUCUUCGAGAAGAAGACGAGGAUGCGCUGUACCCAUGUGAUCGACCAGGGCAUGCGGCGCUGCCGGGAAUGGUUCGACUCCAUGCACGACAAGUGCAUGGAGAAAGUGUUCGUGCCCAUCGUCAACCACCUCGUCUGCCUGCCCAUGAAGCUCAAGAUCAUCUGCCGGAUUGUCAGGGUCAUGGACAGCUGGUGCCAAAACAGGAUCCCCGUGGAUGGCAACUUCGGGCAGAUGUACGACCUGGUGAACGACUCCAUCGGCAACCUCAGUCAGGAAUUCACUGCCAGCGUCGUCUACCAGGAGCAUCACCGCGAGAUGCUGCUGGAUGCCAACAUUUCGGCGGCGCGGCUGAUGGAGGAGGUGAACUCGCACCUGCAGCAGCACGGCAGCCACCUGGGCCGGGCCGUCUCCUUCUUCCGCCUGCUGCUCUCCUUCACCUUCCUCCUCGUCUUCAUCUCGGCUUUCUCCUACACCAAGCAGUACUGCCAGGACAUCUCCUUUGACAACCUCUACAUCACCACCUACUUCCGCCAAAUCGAUGCCCGACGCAGAAAGCAGCACAAGCGGACGCUGCUGCCCCUGCGGCGGGCAGAGGUCUCCACCGUCGUCUUCCCGUGCCGCCUGGCCAUGCAGCGGCUCGAGAUGAAGAACAUGGUGCUGGAGCUGCUGGAGUGCAUCCCGCCCCUGCUCCUCCUCCUCCUCGCCUGCGGCCUGGACCACGCGCUCGUCGCCAUGCUGAGCGUCAUCCGGCAGCACUCCUUCGUGCAGUACUCCUUCCACAGCAGCCACCGCUUGGCCGUGCAUGUGACGGGGACGUCCCUGAUGGCUCGGCUCCUGCGCAGCACCGUCGGGGCCCUCAACACCUCCUCCCACUCCCGGCUGGAGACGUCCAACUUUGCCUGCCUGCCGCGGCCCCGCAGCAUGGGGCGGCAGCAGUACGUGGGCAGCUGCCUGCCCCUGGCCCUGCUGGUGCUGCUCUGCCUGGCCCAGGUCUACACCCACCGCCUGCGCCGCGCCAUCGCCGCCUUCUACUUCCCCAAGCGGGAGAAGAGCCGCGUGCUCUACUUCUACAACAAGCUGCUGCGGCAGCGGCAGAUCUUCGUCCAGCGGCAGCGGAAGCUCGUCGCCCGGCGGGCACGGCAGCACCCGGGGCUGGGGCCGUCGCUGCGGGAGUGGUGCUGCCAGCGCUGGCCGCGACUGCGCCGCUGGAUGCGCCGGAGCUGCACGGUGUGCGGGACCCCCGGCACCCCCCAGGACCGCGUCUGCCCCGCGCCCGCCUGCGGCGCCCCGUACUGCCGGCCCUGCUGGAGGGAGGCGGGCGGCGUGUGCCUCGCCUGCACCCCCGGGGAUGUCGGCCUCUCCCAGGAGAGCAGUGACGAGGACAGCGGGUACGCGGCCUGA